AUUUAUUAAAUUCUCAAAAUAAAGCAAUUUAGAUCCAAACUGGUUUCAAUAAAUAGCAUCAGAGAUUAUGACAACAGGGACAGCAUCAUGGCAGAUGAAGUGAAGCUGUUUGGAACAUGGGGAAGUCCUUUUAGCCGCAGAGUAGAGAUUGCGUUGAAACUCAAAGGUGUUCCAUACGAGUUAAAUGAAGAAGAUUUGUCGAACAAGAGUCCUCUGCUUCUGAAAUACAAUCCCGUGCACAAGAAAAUCUAUGUCCUCCUUCACGAUAGAAAACCAAUUGCGGCCUCCCUAGUUAUUCUCGAGUACAUCGAUGAAACUUGGAAAGCUUAUCCUAUCUUGCCCCAGGUCCCUCGCGAAAGAGCCAGGGCACGUUUCUGGGCAAAGUUCAUGGAUGAAAACGUGAUCUAUAUGCAAUCAUUUUUUUAAGAAAUAGAUAUUGUUGCUACUCGAACACUCUCCUCCAUCUCCAUAUCAUGUUAUUAUUGUGCUUUGGUUAUAAGAAUGAAUAAAAUAAUAAUUAAUGA